UCUAUGACAUCACCCAGCUUGACAACAGCUGCAUGGAAUUCUGGGAGUAUCCUGGGCCCCAAGAUCCCAUGGAACGAAGGAAGAUGCUGCCAUGAACCCUGGGCUCCUUUUAGCCCACCCUGCCAGGCCAGAGACCGGAGACCAUGGCUAAGGUGCGAGACAGAGACCAGCUUAGCGAGAGAGAGACGGACAGCCUCGGUUCAGACUCGGUGUCCUUAAGGGAUGAGGAUUCCAGCAUCUUCAAUCUGGACCAAGAAGAGGAGGAGGAACAGUUUCUUUCACCUUCCAGAAGCAGAAGCAGAGAUGAGGAACUGGAAGAGUUUGUCGAGGGGGUGGACGAAGGAUGGAAUACCGACGAACCAUCUCCAGAAGUGUCUUUCAUCAUCCCAGAAGUAGUAACGGACCUCCUUUCGGAGACAGAUCUGACAGAACACGUACAUCCUCCUAACCCUCCUCCUUCUCUGGAGGGGGUGUUCCGAAACAACCUGUUGGAAGAACCCAAUUUCGCAAUAGAGUCGGUCUUGGGAGAAAUGAGAGCAAAUAUCUUGACGGCGGCAGAGGAGGAAGCGAGGGCCCUGGCUAGCGAAUUAAGGGACGACGAGGACGAAGACGACAACAGAGAAUGUGAACCACACAACGUCAUGACCUGCAGGGUAUGCCAGCUGUUUGUGCGAACCGUCGACAGGCUGUUGGACAAGUCGGAGGAGCUAAUGGAUCAUUACCUACCUCUUACCGAAGAGGAGAUCGGAAAUCUGAAGAAAGCUGUCGCGGAGAUCGAAGAUACGUCCAUAGACCACCGGAUGCAAGCCUGCCUUGUGAGGAUCAACGAUCUGUCCAACAAACUCCGUCAAAGGGCCUACAUGAUGGCACUGAGCAAGCUGCGCUUCACGAGACGCAGUACCCAAGCGAGCAUCAAUCAGCUCCACGAGACAUUGGAAGUGAUUGAUCAGGUGCAGCACAGAGCAGAACUGGAGAUUGGUCCGUCCAACGAAAGGAUGAGCAUGAUCUGCGUGGAGUGGAGCGCGAGCCCGCGUCGGAAUUCUGCCCAAGGGAAUGAAGAUUUCAGCACUCUGGACGUUGGGGUGCCUCGUGCUCAGAGCACCAUGGUCGGGAGAGAAGGACCUGGGGCGCCUCGUGAGCACAGCACCACGAUCGAGUGCGAGGAAAUCGGGCUGCCUGUUGCUCAGAGCACCAUGAUCGAGUGCGAGGAAAUCGGGCUGCCUGCUGCUCAGAGCACCAUGAUCGAGUGCAAGGAAAUCGGGCUGCCUCGUGCGCACAGCACCAUCGUAGAGUGCGAGGAAAUCACCUGCUCACAGGUCGAGAUGACGCCCACAGAGGUCGAGGUGUUGCCCAUACCAAUCAGCCCCCCAGAAAUAGUUGAGGUGCCACAACCAGCAAUCAUUAUCCCGGUGAACGUUGAGGUGCCGCCCCCACCAAUCAUCAUUCCGGUGAAAGUUGAGAUGGCACCCGCACCGAUAAUCAUCCCAGUGAAAGUUGAGAUGCCGCCUGCACCCACCAGUCGCCGCAAGAAGGACCCCAUCUACAGAGAUGUGUCUAACAUCACAUUAACGGCACCUGGUUGCGAUGAGGAGGACGAGAUCACCCUACGGAUGCGUGACGAGGAAGAUGAGAAUGACAGCCCUACCUCUGAGAUAGAAGCCAAGACAUUGGCAAAGUCCCGAAGCGUGACCCAGAACCUUCAAGGCACGUACGAGAACCUGGUGGCCAGCCUGAAAGACAUCCCAGAAGAGCUCCGGAACAAGCUGUCCCAAACCAGCCGGCACAUAAGGGAGCUCCACUCCGAUUUUGUCUCAGCCCACAAUUUUGGAGAUUUGGCUGACAAUGUCUUGAACAAGAGUUUUGCGAUCAUGGCUGAAGCCCAGGGCUCCAUGGAUGAACUGAUGGAGUAUGCUUUGCAAAGUCCUGAAUCUCUCUUGCGGUUGAAGGACUACCUGCCUAACCCAGACAUGAAGGAGGAAGAGGUGGUGAAGGAUGCUCCCCUUUUCAUGGAGAAAGAAGAGGCAGAGGUCCAGUCUUUUCACAGUCAGAAGUUGGAGCGGAACUCAUUGAAAAGCCAAAAGUCAUACCAGCAAAAAGGAGGUGCUGAAGAAACUUCUUCAAAUAAGGAAGAGGAGGUCCAAUCUUUUCACAAUCAGAAGUUGGAGGAGCGGAACUCACUGAAAAGCCAAAAGUCAUACCAGCAAAAAGGAGGUGAUGAAGAAACUUCUUCAAAUAAGGAAGAGGAGGUCCAGUCUUCUCACAAUCAGGAGUUGGAGCGGAACUCGUUGAAAAGCCAAAAGUCAUACCAGCCAAAAGGUGGUGCUGAAGAAACUUCUUCAAAUAAGGAAGAGGAGGUCCAAUCUUCUCACAAUCAGGAGUUGGAGGAGCGGAACUCGUUGAAAAGCCAUAAGUCAUACCAGCGAAAAGGUGGUGAUGAAGAAACUUCUUCAAAUAAGGAAGAGGAGGUCCAGUCUUCUCACAAUCAGGAGUUGGAGCGGAACUCGUUGAAAAGCCAAAAGUCAUACCAGCGAAAAGGUGGUGAUGAAGAAACUUCUUCAAAUAAGGAAGAGGAGGUCCAAUCUUCUCACAAUCAGGAGUUGGAGGAGCGGAACUCGUUGAAAAGCCAUAAGUCAUACCAGCAAAAAGGUGGUGAUGAGGAAACUUCUUCAAAUAAGGAAGAGGAGGUACAAUCUUUUCACAAUCAAGAGUUGGAGUGGAACUCGUUGAAAAGCCAGAAGUCAUACCAGCAAAAAGGAGGUGAUGAAGAAACUUCUUCAAAUAAGGAAGAGGAGGUAAAAUCUUCUCACAAUCAGGAGUUGGAGCGGAACUCACUGAAAAGCCAAAAGUCAUACCAGCAAAACGGUGGGGCCAAGGAAUCUUCUUCAAAUAAGGAAGAGGAGGUUCCACCUUCUGGCAAGCAGAAGACAGAGAAGCAGAACUCACUGAAACUCCAACAGGUCUAUGAGCCAAAAGGUGGGGACAAGGGAACUUCUACAAAUAAGGAAGAGGAGGUUCAACCUUCUCAGAAGCGGGAGAUGGAGGGAAGGAGCAUCCUCAAAAUCCAGCAGGCUUACGACCCAAAAGAUUGUGAUGAGGAAGCUUCUACAAAUAAGGAAGAGGAGGUUCAACCUUCUCAGAAGUGGGAGAUGGAGGGACGGAACAUCCUCAAAAUCCAGCAGGCUUAUGACCCGAAAGAUUGUGAAGAGGAAGAACCUUCUAACAAGGAGGAAGUGGUCCAACAUUCUAGCAAACCGGUGGAGGACAUCCUGAAAAUCCAGGCAACCUACGACCCCAAGGGUUGUGAUGAUGAAUCCUAUAUGGUCAAGGAUGAUGACGAAACUCCUUCUAGAAAAGAAGAGACCCCACCUUCUGGCAAAAAGGAGGCAAAGGAGUGGAAUAUACUGAAAAUCUUGCAAUCUUACACACCAAAAUUUGCUGAUGAUAGAUGGGAAGAGAUGGAGGAGGAGGCCGCACCUACUAGCCAAGAGGAGGACAAAGAGCGGAAUAUACUGAAAAUUCAACAGGCCUAUGACCCAAAAGGUUGUGAUGAGGAAGCUUCUAUGAAUAAGGAAGAGGAGGUUCAACCAUCUGACAAGUGGGAGAUGGAGGGGUGGAGCAUUCUCAAACUCCAGCAGACUUACGACCCCAAAGGCUGCGAUGAAGAAACACCUUUCAGUAAGGGAGAGGAAGCGGUUCAACUUUCUGGCCAAGUAGUGGAGGACAUCCUGAAAAUCCAGGAGACCUACGACCCCAAAGGCUGCGAUGAUGAAUCCUAUACGGGCAAGGAGGAGAAGGUGUUCCGGACUUCUGGAACACAGGAAGUGGAGAAUGACGAAGCUCCUUCUAGGAAAGAGGAGAUUCCACCCGCUGGCAAAAAGGAGGCAAAAGAGUGGAAGAUACUGAAAAUCCUGCAAGCUUACACACCAAAAUUUGCUGAUGAUAGAUGGGAAGAGGAGGACGACGACGGUGCACCUACUAGCCAAGAGGAGGACAAAGAGCGGAAUAUACUGAAAAUUCAACAGGCCUAUGACCCAAUAGGUUGCCUUGAGGAAGCUUCUAUGACUAAGGAAGAGGAGGUUCAACCAUUUGGCAAGUGGGAGACUGAGGGGUGGAGCAUUCUGAAACUCCAGCAGACUUACGACCCGAAAGGCUGUGAUGAGGAAGUACCUUCCAGGAAGGGGGAGGAGGAAGUGGUCCAACAUUCUGGCAAAGUGGUGGAGGACAUCCUGAAAAUCCAGGAGACCUAUGACCCCAAAGGCUGCGAUGAUGAAUCCUAUACAGGUAAGGAGGAGAAGGUGUUCCGGACUUCUGGAACGCAGGAGAACGACAAAACUCCUUCUAGGACAGAGAUCCCACCUUCGGGGAAAGAGCAGGCAAAGGACUGGGAUAUAUUUCAAGUCCUGAAAGUUAAUAUGCCUAAAUUUUCCGAUGAUGAAUCACCUUCCAGCAGGAAGGAGAUGGAAGUCCUACCUCCCAGCCAAGAAGAGGACAAAGAGCGGAAUAUACUGAAGAUUCAACAAGCCUAUGACCCAAAAGCUUGUGACGAGGAAGCUUCUACAAAUAAGGAAGAAGUUCAACCUUCUGGUAAGCAAGAGAUGGACAGACGGAACAUCCUCAAAAUUCAGCAGGCUUACGACCCAAAAAGUUGUGAAGAGGAAGCACCUUCCAGGAUGGAGGAGGUGGUCCAACCUUCUGGCAAACCGGUGGAGGACAUCCUGAAAAUCCAGGCGACCUACGACCCCAAAGGUUGUGCUGAUGAAUCCUAUACAGGUAAGGAGGAGAAGGUGUUUCGAACACAGGAGAAUGACAAAACUCCUCCUAGGACAGAGAUCCCACGUUCGGGGAAAGAGCAGGCAAAGGACUGGGAUAUAUUUCAAGUCCUGAAAGUUAAUAUGCCUAAAUUUUCCGAUGAUGAAUCACUUUCCAGUAGGAAGGAGAUGGAAGUCCCACCUCCUAGCCAAGAGGAGCACAAAGAGCGGAAUAUACUGAAAAUUCAACAAGCCUAUGACCCAAAAGCUUGUGACGAGGAAGCUUCUACAAAUAAGGAAGAAGUUCAACCUUCUGGCAAGCAGGAGAUGGACAGACGGAACAUCCUCAAAAUUCAGCAGGCUUAUGACCCAAAAAGUUGUGAAGAGGAAGCACCUUCCAGGAAGGAGGAGGUGGUCCAAUCUUCUGGCAAGCCGGUGGAGGACAUCCUGAAAAUCCAGGCGACCUACGACCCCAAAGGCUGCGAUGAUGAAUCCUACACGGGCAAAGAGGCAAAGGUGUUCCGAACACCCGACAAUGACAAGGUGCAGAACGACAAAACUCAUUCUAGAAAAGAGGAGAAGGUCCCGCCUUCUGGCCAAGAGGAGGCAAAGGACUGGAAGAUACUGAAAAUGCUGCAAGCUUACACACCCAAGUUUUCUGAGGGUGAAUCGCCUUCUGUCAUGGAGAAAGCAGACGUGGUGGUGGCCCCACCUCCUCAAAGAGAGGUGAGGGAGUGGAACAUACUGAAGCUCCAACAGGCCUACGACCCAAAAGGGUGCGACGAAGACUCCUCCAUCUUCAAGGAGGAGGCCCAGCCUUCUGGCAAACCAGAAAUGGAAGGCUGGAACAUCCUCAAAAUCCAACAGGCCUAUGACCCAAAAGGUUGUGACGACGAAAGCCCCAAGGAGGAGUUCCAACAUUUCGGCCAGUGGAACCUGCAGGGAUAUAACAUACUGAAGAUUCAGCAAGCCUACGACCCCAAAAGCUGCCCUGAUGAUGAUAAAUAAGACUCCGAAAGAGAAGAGCUACACGCUUCUGACCCCAAUGAAGCCGGCAAACGGGGGUGGAUUUCACUCGAAAGGCUUGCCUGCGUUUUCCAAGGGACGGGUCUGGGGCUCAGCCACUAAAAUAAGAGAGGCAAUUUGGAACUUC